CAAAGAGCUCUGAGCAGCUGAGGGGAGCCGCUGACCAGAGCCGCAUGGAGGACCCCGUGGCGCCGGGGGCCGGGAGCCCGACCGCCAAUGGCAACGGCAACGGCGGAGGCGGCAAAGGGAAGCCGGCGUCGCCUAAGGGCCGGGAAGCGUUCAAAAGCCAGCGGCGGGAGUCGGAGGGCUCUGUGGACUGCCCCACUCUGGAAUUUGAAUAUGGAGAUGCGGAUGGGCACGCAGCAGAGUUGUCAGAAUUGUACAGCUACACUGAAAACCUGGAAUUCACCACCAACAGGAGGUGCUUUGAAGAAGAUUUCAAGACUCAAGUGCAGGGCAAGGAGUGGCUGGAGUUGGAGGAAGAUGCCCAGAAGGCCUAUGUGAUGGGACUCCUGGACCGGCUGGAGGUGGUCAGUAGGGAGCGGCGACUGAAGGUAGCCCGGGCUGUUCUCUACCUGGCCCAAGGAACGUUUGGGGAGUGUGAUUCAGAGGUUGAUGUGCUACACUGGUCCAGGUACAACUGCUUCCUGCUCUAUCAGAUGGGGACCUUCUCGGCCUUCUUGGAGCUACUCCACAUGGAAAUCGACAACAGCCAGGCCUGUAGCAGUGCUCUUCGGAAACCAGCCAUCUCCAUUGCUGAUAGCACAGAGCUCCGGGUUCUCCUGAGUGUCAUGUACCUGAUGGUGGAAAAUAUCCGCCUAGAGCGAGAAACAGACUCCUACAGGUGGAGGACUGCCCGGGAGACCUUCCGCACGGAAUUAAGUUUCUCCAUGCACAAUGAGGAGCCUUUUGCCCUUCUGCUUUUCUCCAUGGUUACCAAGUUCUGCAGCGGCCUGGCUGCCCACUUUCCCAUAAAGAAGGUCCUGCUUCUGCUCUGGAAGGUGGUCAUGUUUACCCUCGGUGGAUUUGAGCACCUACAGGCUCUCAAAGUACAGAAGCGCGCAGAAUUGGGCCUGCCGCCGCUGGCUGAGGACAGCAUCCAAGUAGUGAAGAGCAUGCGUGCUGCCUCCCCGCCUUCUUACACUCUCGACCUGGGGGAGUCUCAGCUGGCACCCCCACCCUCCAAGUUGCGAGGCCGUCGUGGUUCUCGAAGGCAACUCCUCACUAAGCAAGACAGCCUGGACAUUUACAACGAAAGAGAUCUCUUUAAGACUGAGGAACCGGCCACAGAGGAGGAAGAGGAGUCUGCUGGCGAUGGAGAGCGAACCUUGGAUGGAGAGUUAGACCUGCUGGAGCAGGACCCUCUCGUGCCGCCUCCACCCUCGCAGGCACCCCUCUCGGCUGAGCGGGUGGCUUUUCCCAAGGGCCUACCCUGGGCCCCCAAGGUCAGACAGAAGGACAUUGAGCACUUCUUGGAGCUGAGCAGGAACAAGUUCAUCGGAUUCACUCUGGGGCAGGACACAGAAACCUUGGUUGGGUUACCCAGGCCCAUCCAUGAGAGUGUGAAGACCCUAAAGCAGCACAAAUACAUCUCCAUCGCAGAUGUUCAGAUCAAGAAUGAGGAGGAGCUGGAGAAGUGCCCCAUGUCUCUGGGGGAAGAGGUGGUGCCAGAGACGCCAUGUGAAAUCCUCUACCAGGGCAUGCUGUACAGCCUCCCCCAGUACAUGAUUGCUCUGCUUAAGAUUCUGCUGGCUGCAGCCCCCACCUCCAAGGCUAAGACAGACUCUAUCAAUAUCCUGGCCGACGUUCUGCCCGAGGAGAUGCCCAUCACUGUUCUCCAGAGCAUGAAGCUGGGCAUCGAUGUGAACAGGCACAAGGAGAUCAUUGUAAAGAGUAUCUCUGCCCUGCUCCUGCUACUCCUCAAACACUUCAAACUGAACCACAUCUACCAGUUCGAAUAUGUAUCACAACAUUUGGUAUUUGCCAACUGCAUUCCACUGAUCCUGAAGUUCUUCAAUCAAAAUAUUUUGUCCUACAUCACUGCUAAAAACAGCAUCUCGGUCCUGGAUUACCCUUGCUGUACCAUCCAGGAUUUGCCGGAACUUACUACGGAGAGUCUGGAAGCUGGAGACAACAACCAGUUCUGCUGGAGGAACCUCUUUUCCUGCAUCAACCUUCUGAGGCUGCUCAAUAAACUGACCAAAUGGAAGCAUUCCAGAACCAUGAUGCUAGUGGUGUUCAAAUCUGCUCCAAUCUUAAAGCGGGCCCUAAAGGUCAAACAGGCCAUGCUGCAACUUUACGUCCUGAAGCUGCUAAAAAUACAGACCAAGUACCUGGGGCGCCAGUGGAGGAAAAGCAACAUGAAAACCAUGUCGGCCAUUUACCAGAAAGUGCGCCACCGCAUGAAUGAUGACUGGGCUUACGGGAACGACAUCGAUGCUAGGCCGUGGGACUUCCAAGCAGAGGAAUGCACCUUGAGAGCCAACAUUGAGGCUUUUAAUAGCCGCCGAUAUGACAGACCUCAGGACUCUGAAUUUUCACCUGUGGAUAACUGCUUGCAGAGUGUGCUGGGGCAGAGGCUGGAUCUGCCUGAGGAUUUCCACUAUUCAUAUGAGAUCUGGCUGGAAAGAGAGGUGUUUUCACAGCCCAUCUGUUGGGAAGAGCUGCUCCAGAAUCACUAAGCUCUUGUCAACAAACCGUCUGAUAGAUGGGGGUUGGCUCCAAUAAAUGGUGCUCUGCCUACCCUGCUCAUUCAGCCUCUGUUUCCAGCUCCAGAAGUGCUUGUCCAGGGGAGAGCUGGCCCAGUCCAAGGGCAUUCUGGGGGCUAUUGUACCCAGAGAUACUGCAAGGAUAGGAUCCUGAGUCCCCAAGAAAUGAUGAACUUACUCGGGUCAUUUGGGUGCCGGGUGGCCUUGGAAAUCUCUUGCUGGUCUUUGACAGGCUCUUUCAUGGGACUGCCCCUUGCUUGAGUGUUCCCUGGAACUAGCCUCGGCUUUACUGGCCCCAGGAGUGCAAACGAGUUUAUGAUGGCAUUUGGCCCGUGGCAUUCAUCACAGUCGUGGGAGGUGCAUGUCACAGAAGAGGGAGGACAUCUUGCUUCCCCUGGAUUCCUAGGACUUAAGCAGAGAUUUGGCAAAACCAACUUUGAAAUUAAGUCCAUAUUUUAAAUUUAAAAUUUUGACACCUCUUUCUACAAUCAUUAGCUCUAAGAUGAUUUUGGAGCAUCUGCAUCUUCUUUGUGAAAAAUGAUGAUUUACUGUUACCUAAAUACUGCAUGUUAGAGAAAGGCGCGUGUUAGAAAGUGUUCUUCCUUUAGUCCCUCGGAGGUGUAUGUUCAGUGUGAAAGUGAUUUCCUUGCAUCCUCAGUGCAGGGCACGGAGUGUCCUGCCACAACCAGUGUGAAAUGGUCAGGCAUACCCUAAGGUGGUUCCAUGUUUUUUCUGAAACUACCUUCGUCUUAAAAUGACUGAGUACUACUGCAGAAAAUCAUUAUUUUCAUCCAACUUAUUUUUUAAAUGACCAGUUAGCUACAGAUGGUUUUAUUUAUUGAUAAUGGUGUGUCCAUUUGUGUUCAUGAUCGAUUAUUGAACAAGAUAGCUGACCAUUUUUCUGCUCCUAUGUUGAUUAAUGAUUAAUUUUCUUUGUUACUGGUUUCAGAGUGGCAUGCAAAAAUUUAGCAAUACUAUUUCCACCUAAAAGUAUUGCAGAUUUCUUUGAAAGUAUGAGUUGAUGCACUAACCUCUUUAAACUUCUUUUAUAGCAGAAUCACAUACUUCCCCCCAGAAACAAGGGUUUUAGAAAAGUUUCUGAUUCAGUCAGAAUUAUUUCAUUUCUCUUCUGUUCCCACAAUUGUCAUCUAUAUUUUCAAGCUUUUAUAAUUUUAAGUCCCCCACCCCCAGUGUAGACACUACUGGAUUGUUUUUCUGACUGCAACAAGCCACUUUAAUUAUGCCAGAAGGUAUAUUCAAAAUUGGUGUACUUAUACUCUGUCCUUUGUCAACCGUGGUAUCGUGUGGAAGUCAUGAUUAAGUUACAAGCCAUAUCCAGAGGAACUAUAUCAAAACUAAUGAAAACUUGGGUUCCACCUCUUUGUGCAUUUAGGGUAGCAGGGAUUUCUGUUUUUAUGGAAAGGUCAUGUAAAUAUGUAAUAGAAGAAAUUUCUUAAAAUAAUUUAUAAAUUUUAUCAAAGUUUACUGAGCAUAUCAUGUAUGAAUGCUAUUAAUCUAUAAUCUUAAUGUGAUUUAAGUAAAAAGAUAACUUUCAAGGAAAGAGCAGUCAUUAAUCUAUUUCUUUUAAAGCCAUAUAGUAUUUAAUUUAUGUCAAGAACAAAUAAGUUGACCUUUUAGAAAUAUGCACGUGAAUGCUUUCUGAGGCCUGGAAGUACGAAAAACCUUAACAUUUCAUAGUUUCUUACUAAUCUUCUCUAAGGGAAGAUUAAUCCUCAGUGCAGAUGGAGAAAUUGCAGCACCAAGGAUAAGUGAUUAGUUUCAAAUCACAUCAUUUUUCCACUGACUCGCUGGAACUACUAUUCAGGUGUUGACAGUCAGCCCCAUAGGUUAAGACUGAAUAUCCCCAUUUGAGAACCCAUGUGUGUGGUUAGGAAUAAAUUCAGAUUGGUCACCUUCCAAUGGCAAUCACUGUUACUUCAUAGAAGAAUAUUGUUCGAGUGAUUCAUUAAGUAGAGGAUUUUUAUUUGUAUGUCAGGAAAGUUUGUGUUGAUUGUUGAUAACACUUUAUUUACUGAAGCACUUUAAUAAAAAGAAAAUUGAACUGGA